CAAGCGCAUCAGAAGGGGUGUUUUCACUUCUUGUUUCUUCGAACGUGUAUGAAUAGCAGUGGCAUUCUUGAUGGACCAAGAAAGAUUCAGCUGGCCAUGAUAUCACGUGUAGGUACCUUGAAAUCAGAAUAUUCUCAGCCUCGUUUCUCAAACACAGCUGAGCGCGCCCUCUCAUGCGACAAGUCUGAAUCUCACCAAGCAGUGUGACUCCCAUGUCAACAAAACACCUCGCCCUGCACUAGGAGUCGUGGCUAUAAGCUGAGGUUCUUAAUGUAGUGCAUACAUGAGCCGCCGCCUUUCCAUCUUUUGAGUUUCCGUAUCUUCUUUCAUCGCAUAUACACUCGUUUCGUUUUUGUCGUUGACUUUGGAACCCGGCUGGUCCAUCUUUUUAGCAUUAAUCAUCCUCCAUUUUAUUACACCGCCAACUUUUGAGAUGAAUCGACAGAACAGGCAGGGCUGGGAUUUUUAUGAGCAGAGCGCUGGCGCUCUCAAUGCUACUCCUACGGCUCUAGGGUUCUCAGCUCAUGCUUCUCUGCCGAAUCAAUCGCUUCAAUUGCAAGAGCAUGGUCUUGCACAUGACUCGGGAGGACUUGCAAGAAAUACUAUCACUAGUUCGGCUGCACAGUUCACCGCAGCAUUCAGCAGCGAUCACGAAGAAAGCAAGUCAGAUCUUCAGUCUGAAGUCCUAGCUCUCAUCCCCAAGGCGAGUUUGUCUGUACUCAAGGAAAUCAGGAAUUGGCUCAAGACCUCGACACCACCUACAUCGACCAACAUUGUUCCGCACUUUACAAAUUCACAGGAGUCGUUGAUGCAUUCGAUACUGCCUCUACAAUCUCAACACAUUCCUCCAGAUUCAAGAACGUCUAAUACGUGUCAAUCGUGGGCAUCAAAUCACGACCCGCUCCAUGAUGCCGAAAAUCGAUGGAUGCCCUUGGUGGAACCUGACAUUGUGGUUGCCAAAGAACCAUUUGCCACAUCUAGUCUCGAUUUAGAGCACGUUGCGCGACAUUCGGAAUCCAUGAGCUGGGAAACCACUGAGAUGGACUUGUUGCCUCAACACCAUCGAUCUUCUGACGCAUCCAGCACGCAUGGGACUCGGUAUUCCGUCGCAAGCUCACGAAGCUCCUUACCCGCUUGCGAGUCAAUUUAUAUUGCCCAGUCCAGUGCUGUCGCGAUGGCCUCUUCUCUCAUCUACCCGAAAAGAUUCGAUAGCACUCGGGAAUCCGUGCAAUCUUCGAGCUCCUAUGACUCAACCUACACGGAUCGAAGUGCUUCCUCAAAGCAUUCCUCUUCCACAUCUAUUCAAUCGUUUCAAUCCGCCAGAGGGCUUUCACCUAUGACGACGAUGUCCUCCGGCAGAGGGAGGGGACAUCGUCGAAGUACCUCAAGUGGUGGAUCUUCGACUAGGCAAUCGAGUUCAACAAGACAAUCAAUGAUCCCUUGCACAGAGGCCAAUUGUACAACUACCUUCACGAGAGAAUCGGAUCGAGAGCGACAUAUUGAGACACAACAUGACAUUGUUCAGUACAAGUGUUUGCUCCAUACGUGCACGUCCAAGUGCGAGAAAGAUUGUCAGGAUCCUCAACACAGCUGCUCGUUUCCCCGGGCCCGACGAGACAAAGUCAGAAAACAUCUCGAACUCAUUCACGGAUGGAGAAUCGCUUCCAAAGACGUGCCAGAAUCUUGGCUUUGGUCAUAUAUCAAGCAGAGGAAUGGCUGGAGUUGCAGUUCUUGUGGAGCAUUUUUGGGAAACUGGGUUGAUAGUUCAGAUGUGAUUGCUGGCCACUCAAAAGUCUGUACGGACGGUCUAUCCAACCUUGUCAGAAGGUUGAGUGUGGAAAAAGCUGCCGGAGGAAACCAUGGAAACUCGGACGAUGAGCAUGCGCACGUGCGUGUUACAAUGGCUCCUGCCAGUAAUGGUGUGCAUGAAGAUAAUUGCAAUUCGCUAUUUGAAUAAGUUGGUCUUGGAGUUCCAACACUGAUUUUAUGUUCUUUGUACCAACUUCGCGAAGAUAAUCUCUUCUCCUAUAGACGUUCGUGUUUUUUUUCGCCUUAAUACCCACAUACACCGUUUCGUUCUACGGCAGCCCCAAAUGGGCUUGUCGAGUGUCAAUAGCAAUAG